CUACCAUCUGUCUCACCCUUUCGAUUGUCUGACAGCAAGGUACUCAGACAAUCAAUCUUUACUUUGUUACACCGAGCUCGUUUGCUCUUCUUCUCUCCGCGCGGUGUCUGUCCCAUCUCUUCAUCAUUUUCAUCAAUCUUCCGCGUCUUACCGGCUCCCACCACCAUCUAUUCUUCGACUACGACGAUCGAAUCUCGAUACUUAAUUGAUACUCGAAUCGGGCCCUGUUGAGCGGCUGCGAAGAUGCCGUUGGCGAUCUAUCGAUAUUGUUGUGUGUAAUACGUUUGCAAAUCCGGGCAAUUGGGCCUAACACCGACCGAGACCGUCGCGACCACCAAAGUUCCAACUGAUUUGACUUGAGACAUCGUCAACACGUGCGAUCCUCCGAUUUCGAGAGAAUUCCAUUGAUAUCGAUCACAUGAUACAGCACCUUGAAAACACCCAAACUACUCUCAAGUAACACGGGCAAGGGGACGGAAUAAUACCGGCAUAAAGAUGACUCUCCAAAGCAUGGUGCAUCUAGGAGUCGUCGCUCUUCUACUCGGCUCGUCUUCGGUCACCGCACUGACAAUCGAAUACUGCUCCAACGCAAACACCGCUUCAGAUAGUACACAAAAUACGAACAUAUAUCAGUCGAACGGAGCUUGUAAUUCGCUAUGUACUUCAGACUACGCCUUUGCGGUCCUCCAAGGCCAGAAUUGCUGGUGCUCAAAUUAUAUCCCUGCUUCAACAGUAAAUGUCACCGAGUGCAACUCUGGCUGUCCAGGCUAUCCGGAUGAUUUAUGCGGAAAUCCCGCCAAAGGUCUAUUCGGCUACAUCGCCAUGUCAAAUCACAAACCAUCCGGAACAGCAACCGGCAGAAUAGAUACUACCAGCACUGGAACCGCUUCUAGUUCCUCUUCAACCACUUCUUCGGAGAGCUCAGCCACUGAAACAUCCACAUCCGGACCCAAAACUGUCACUGUAACCGAGUCGGCUUCCACGGGGACGACUCUGGUAACAUCGGUGUCUUCUGGUACUUCUACCUCAUCAGAGACCUCGACUACCAUUGCUCCAACCAUCUCCAUUCAGACUAUAGCUGGCCAGCCCGUGACAAUCACCGUCUCAAAUUCACCGUCCGCCACCUCUUCUUCAGCGUCGUCCGAUCAUAAGAGCUCGUCAUUGAGUGGUGGAGCUAUUGCGGGUAUCGUUAUUGGAUCCCUUGUCGGCGUGGGAGCUCUAGCCGCCUUCAUACUGUGGUUCUUCUUCUUCGGACGUCGAGGCAACAGUGACAUUUCUGAAAAACCGGGCUCUCCAAAUGGAGGAAACGAUGGCAGCAUUGCAGGCGGAACUAUCGAUACACGGCGUCAAAGUCGAGGCUCACAGAUGAGCUUCAUGCGCAACUUUAUGGGUCCGGCCGGCCCAGCAGACCACGAAGUAUCACCUACCUCGCCUAACGACUAUCUCAAUCCGAACCAGGCAUUUAUUGACAAUCGCAUGAAAAAGGAUGCAGUUUUGUAUCCCAAUGGGGAUCGACUUAGCGCGGUGUCUCUUCGUGAUGACGAGGACUAUUCGCGCCCUGUUUUGAGGCUCACGAAUCCAGAUUAACUGAUUGAUUGCGUUUCUCGAUUCCUCAUUUUUCUUGCAUACACAUCCCGGCACAGCGCAGCGAAGCACUGUUUUUAUCUAUGAUACCCGUCCCGGUUGCUCCGGAACUUCACCAUUCACUGCCUUUGCAAGCCGUUUCUCUCACUUUCCUCUGACUGGAGUUGGCUAAUGUCGAACCCGUCUUUAUCAAUCCUGAAUGAGAAUCUUUGUCACUGCAAAGGGUAACAUCGUUUUUCUUCGAGCAUAUAAAUAUUGCGCCUGUUUGUUUUUUCUUUACCCCUCGCUUUUCCCAUCUGUUUUCCAAAAUUUCCAGCAGGAACGGAGAAUUCGACCUCAUCCUGUAAUGGCGUUUGGGUUUGGGUUUGGGUUCGGACUUGAUUGAAAUGAUAUAGAUUCUGAAGCUUUUUUCUUUUUUAUUGUGGAAAGUAUACGAACAGAACCACCUUUGAUGACCACCAUAACUACUUGUAUUCUAGUUUGUUUAAUAAUUAUAACUUAUUAACAUAACUAUUGAUGGAUCGGACUGUUGGAGAAUAUCCAUGGGAAAUCACGUCGAAACUACACUCCGAAAGAGGUAUAACGCCAGAAUGUCCGCUUCACGCUAAGCUCUGACUCGUAUCGAUAUUUAAAGGCGCGUCGAAAUAUACUUUCCAGUAUAUGGUUCUGAAAAGCACCGUACAUGGCCUUGCUGUACUCCCAAUACUCAGUCAUAUAACCGGCACACUCCCAGUCAACAAUCCCACUAAGCCGUCCACGAUGAACAAGAAGAUUAGUGCAGUGGCAAUCGCA